GAAAAAUUGACCAGUUUUGCGUGUUGGGGAAAUCGACUCUUGGCUUUGACCGUUGUCUUCUGUCCCCGUGCAUGCACAUCGUCUUGUACGAGACAGAAGACAACUGCGACAAGUGACCGACCGCAAGAAACGCUUUUCUUUAACAGCUAAUUCUUCUCUCCUCCUUGUUUGUCGGUGUUCCCGCCGGACAAAGCGAGAGAUAAGUGUUUCCGCGACGCAUGAGGAAAGAAGCAAGACCUGGGUGCCUUCCCGAGUGACGCGCAUGGCGACUUCCGGAUUUCAAAGCAACGGAGAUGCUGAUGCUUUCCCAAUUUUUGUUGUCUGAGCCGUUAGCAUCGCAUCUCUGGUCUGUUGCUUGUCCGCCUCUUCAUAGGAGGCUUCGCGCCCGAUCUCCCUCAGCGUUCCAAGGACGAAGAAGGACGGAUCCUUCACUGGCCAAACCGUUUGGGUGAGCCGGAGCGGUCUCGGCGAGAACUGAAUCAACUGUGCACACACCUCGGCAUUCCAGGCGAGAGUGAGUCAGGUGUACAUCCAACUCGUUGAGCUUGCAGUUCGCCGCGGCAGAGUGGAUGUGUGUUGGCGUGACGAUUCUCGUCGAUUCGCAGUCUGUCCCCGUUCUGUUUCCCUGGGCUUGCGUCCUGUUUCCAAGAUCUCUGCUUCCGCCAGGAACUCACGUUCGUUAAUGGUUUCUUCUUUCGCGGCUCGAGCGUCAGCGCGCGCGCGCGCGCCUCUAGCUCGUUCUCUGGCGCCAGAAGAAGGACGCCGUCCGCCUGUUCACUCCUGAGUCGCAUGUCGGCCAGUGGAUUCGUUUACUACUCCACGCCUCUCUCACUCUGUGUCAUUCCCCAGAGACGAGAAGUUCGUUUUCUUUCAAAAAGGACGCGUGGUUCCUCUUUUUAGGACAAAAGCCUCUCGCUUUGUAUGCCGCUCUCUGGAAAACCUGUCGAGUUCAACAGUGUCUGCCGCCGGGUCUCACGCACCCUCGGACGCGAGCGUCAGGGAGGAAAAAGAAAAGGCAAGAAGCGCGAGGGGCAUCCGUACAGGAGGUCCAAAGGGCGGGGGGACGGCGCAGAAGCGAUCUGCGGAGACACUUGCUAUGCUGUCGGCACUGAAGGCAGGGAGAAGAAGGCCCAAGACGGUUCCGAGAGAGCAUCCGAAAGCACUCAGUGGACCACCGAAAAAAGUGGAGUUUCAGAGACAGGACCAUAUCAACGAAGGCUGCGCAUGCCUGCGUCUCUCUCUGUCGACAUCUCCCCUUGUCAGUUCCCUCUCUCUGUUUCCUGCCAUGACUGCUGCGGCUUCGGCCUCGUCGUCCACGUCCGCGUCGAAGGAGGACUUGACUCCUGUCGAGCGGAUGAUCAGCGGAAUGGCGAGCGGCAUUUUGACGAAGACUGCUUGCGCUCCGAUGGAUCGCCUUCGUCUGCUUUUCCAGGUUCAAGGCAUGAUGUCCCACCAGCAGGAGAGACUGAAGGCCGCGCCUCACUCCCCGCUCUCCACGGCUCUCGAAGCCUCCCAAACUUCGUCUUCGCCUUCGUCUCCACCUUCUUCUCGCCCCGCUGUCUGUUCUCCGUCUCCUCCGCCCCGGUCUGUCGAGUCUCCGUCUUCUCUCUCAGCUCCUCAACCGGCUGUCUCCGCAGCUUCUGCACGAGUGCACUCUGCGCAGUUUCCGACGCCUCUGGCGCUCUCGCAACAAGCUGCGAGCUCUCCCAAGAAGUACUCGGGAGUCCUCGCGUCUCUGCGUCUUGUCAUCCAAGAGGAAGGCGUUCCGGGGCUCUGGAGAGGCAACGCCGCAAACGCAUGCAGAGCCGCGGCGGCCUACGCAGUCAAGUUUCCCGCGAACGACUGGGCGCGGGGGCUCCUCGAGAAGAUGCCGACUACUUCGAGUCGACGCUUUGACACAGGAAAGCACAGCCGUCCCAGUGUACCUACAGCGGACGCAAACGCGACCUCCACCUCCAACCAGAGUGCCGAAGACGAGCAGAGGCGCGGCGAGCGCCAGGUGUAUCGACAGCUCGAGACGAAAGACGCCGUCUCGGAGGCGAACAGCGAGAAGAAAAUGGGAGUCGCAGGUUUGAUGGUCGCGGGCUCGAUUGCGGGCGCCCUACAAAAGGCCCUCUGCUACCCUCUCGAUCUCGUCUCUGUACGAAUCGCCAUGGGCAUCAAUACGGCCGCUCUAGCGGGAUACAAAGCUGAAUCAGCAAGAAAACUGUCUCCAGGUGCACAAGCUCAAGGUCCUGUCUCUUCCUCUGGGUCUCCUGCCUCGUCUUCGUCUCCGGCAGGUUCUUCUCUCCAGUCAGCGUCCGUUCCGCCACAGAAACAGGAGGCGCGGCUCUACUCAGGCAUAGGACAGUGUGUGAGGCGAAUAUACACCACAGAGGGUCUCGCAGGCUUCUACAAGGGCUUUGCCGUCUCUCUGUGGUCGGGAGUGCCUUACGUCAUGCUGCAGAUGACUUUUUAUGAACUCUGGAAGAGAGAAAUCCAAAAAGCCGCGACGCCCUCUCUGCAGUCUGGGCGCGCGGCACCUGCCCAGCCAGCUGCUCUCGCCUCCUCUCAAGCGCCAUACUUCAACACGAUGCUCACCAGCAGUGUCUCCGGCAGUCUCGCCAGCUUCUGUGCGCAGCUGAUCGUUUUCCCCUUUGACACAGCGCGCAAGCGACUCAUGACUGACGGCAUCGACGGGCGAAGCAAACUGUACGGGUCUUGUCGGGCGUGUUUAAUGUCGAUUUACCGGCGAGAAGGCUUCGCCGCACUGUUUGCGGGCCUCUGGCCGGCGACGCUUCGGUGUUUGCCGGCAGGCGCUCUCCAGUUCACUUCUUACGAGUGCUUCAAGUUUUUUUUUCAGAUGCAGCACGACAGACGAAAAACGACUCCGUAGAGCAUCGGGGGGUCGAGAAAGCACACGCUUCCUUGGUUUUCCUCGUUCCGGGCGGUGCGGUGGCAAAAAACGCGUUUUUUCAAGUCAAACAUGGACGGUGGGGCACCAGCCUCAGAGGGGAGAAAGGGAGGGUACGAGGGAAAGAGGCUCCUCGUUGCACGUGGAAGGCAUUAGACGUCGUGCUGAUCCACCUGAGAGAAAGAAAGAACAGACGCCAGCGAAAAUGAGGCAUGGAAACUCAGAUGCUGUCCACUCGCGGGGCUGUCGACGUCAAGGCUGUCCCUCGUCGACUAUGUUCUAGACAUAGUCUGUGUUGAUAGCAGGCUUUGGUUUGACAGAACUAUCAUCCCCAGGUAACUCCGUGCGAAUCAACGAGUUUAUCACUCGUACUACCGGCGAGAGAAACGACGCCUUCGAGGCAAGGUCCAGGAGACCGAGACAGACAGACGCUUGUCGAUGGUUCUUCUUGAGAAGCGCAUGGAAGAAUAGCGCAAGCGAACAAUGUCAGCUGUCUUUCGCACUAUAGUGGGUGUUGGUGUACAGCACUCAUCAAGGAUGUAGGGAAAGAAUCAAAGAGCGGAGCCGUGUAACGGGACGGACAGAGCUGCAGUUUCUCGUAAAAAGACAAGGUAUGGGGGAGCAUUUUCGCCUUUAGUAAUCAUUAUUGUACAGUAUCCAAGUGGUAAGUUACUGGGUUUCGAUUUGGAGAGAGGGGAGGGACAAUGCAGAAGCAUUUGAAAUUCCGAAUAAAGAAUUGAGGCAGGGAAAUAGUUAAAUGGAGGGAGAAGGGGGUAGGCGACUGCAUGCGUCGACAGGGAUGCGCAACAACGGUAGAUCGCUCGACACAACACAGAAAAGAAGAGACACACUCACAGAUGUAUUACGAAAACUUGGGAAAUGAGAUACGGGUGUACAGCUCCGUCUCCUAUUCACACCUGGUUAACACACUGGAGGAGAGCGGUAGGGGGGACGGGGAGGAGGGGGGUAUCGCUGCUUAGAGAUCUCUGAACUACGUGCACAC